AUGAGCACACCUGUCAUGCAGUCGGCGGCUGCACAUAUCGGAGAUCAAGAUGCCAGUGUGGCAUACAUCGCUGCAACCCCGACAACGAGGAUCAACGAGACAUAUAUGCAACGCCAGUAUGACUCAAUGGCUAUUGGCAAACCGCCGGAAGACUAUAUCGGGAGUGGGGUGGAUGAGUCCAAACUCGCAGGCUUCCAGGGAUUUGCCGGGAAGGAAGACAUUUCCAGGGAACUUAUGGGGUACUAG